AUGGCCGAGACUUCCUUGAUUUUAUCACACACGGGCAAUGAAAAGCAUCGGGCGAAUGGCACGGUGCUGCGAGAUCUAAUCAUUGGCUUCGCAGAUGGGCUUACGGUGCCGUUUGCUCUUACCGCAGGACUAUCAUCUCUUGGAUCCUCCAAACUUGUCAUUACGGGUGGCCUUGCCGAACUCUUCAGUGGAGCGAUCUCCAUGGGCCUAGGAGCCUAUCUGGCCUCCGUCACCGACAUGCAACACUAUAACACGGAAAGACUGCGAGAGGAAAGGGAAGUGCAGGAGUCGCCCGGAGAGGAGAUGGAGGAGAUAUACCGCAUUCUCUGUGCAUACGGUCCUCAGAGAGCAGAUGUCGCUCCCUUCGUCAAUGCCAUGAGAUCCUACCCAGACCAAUGGGUUCAAUUCAUGAUGGAUUUCGAGUUGAAAUUGGAACAACCGGCUCGUCGUUCGGCAUACGUCUCAGCAAUUGUUAUGGGAAUCUCAUACUUCAUCGGUAAUCUUACCCCUUCCGCCUAUUUCUGUAGGCCUAUUCGGCCUUCGCCUUCCUUCUUCAACCUACUGCUGACCAGGAGAUUCUGCAUCAUCCAAGGAGGCCUUCUACCCAUGAUUCCAUAUUUCGCCAUCCAUCAUGCCACCAGAGCUCUUUUCGUCUCGAUCGGCAUGACCGCCGUUAUCCUGAUUAUCUUCGGAUAUUUCAAGUGCGUCUUCGCCGGGUGUGAUCGGCGACAGUCCAUCUGGGGCGCUGUACAGACGUUGUGUGUUGGCGCUGCCGCGGCCGGGGCGAGCUACGGGAUCGUCAGAGCGGUGGAUUCGAGCAACAUCCGUUAA